GGAGGGAAGGAGAGGGGCGGAGGGGACCUGGGGGGGGCUCCCAGGCUGAAAGGGGUCGCCCCCCAAAAAAAAAAAACCGGCUGCCCUGGAAGGAGGGGCAGGGAAGGCAUCGCGACAUUUUUCCGCUGGCAGUGCGCAGGGGCUGGGGGGGCCGGCUCGGCACCGCUCCCGGCAGCCGCUAUUUAUAAAUCCUCCCCCCCCCCCCUUCUCCGCUCAGCACCACCAGCAGCAGCAGCUCCAGCGCAACCUCUCGCCUUCCUCCGGCCCUUUUUCUCCGCCGGGGGGAGAGAAAAAAGAAGCCCCCCCGCCUCCCCUCCUCCCCAAAAAGGGGAUGCCCCGCUGAGCGCGCUCGCUCGGGGGGGGCCGGUGCGCGUGGGGGGAAAUUGGGGCGCAAAAAAAAAGAAAGAAAGAAAGAAAGAAAAAGAGAAACGGAGCCGGGCGAUGCGCAGCGAUGAUGAGGAUGAUGAUGCCCCGGCACAGGGCUUUCUCCGAGCCCGAAUGCUCGGCCGAAUAUUCGGCCGACUACUCGGUCAGCCUCCCCUCCGACCCCGAGCACGGCGUGGGGCGCACCCACGAAGUGACGGUGAGGAGCUCGGGGCCCUGCCUCUGCCUUCCCCGCUCGGCUCGCCUCACCUUCGCCCCCGAAUCCUUGGAGAACCUCUACCAGACUUAUUUCCGAAGGCAGCGCCACGAAACCCUGCUGGUGCUGGUGGUCUUCGCCGCCCUCUUCGACGCCUACGUCCUGGCCACCUGCGCCCUGGUUUACGCCGAGGACAAAUUGGCCCCGCUUUUGGUGGCGGCGCUCGGUUUGCUCGCCCAAGCUCUCCUCUUCGCCCUCUGCAAAUCCCGGCUGCUGCCCGAGCGGGCGGCUCGCCGUUUCCUCCCCUCGGUCCUCUGGGUCCUUAUUUUGGCCCAAAUUUUCUGCUACUUGGGGCUGGGCUUCUCCCGCUCGCCCGAGGCCAGCGACACGGUGGGCUGGCAGGCGUUUUUCGUCUUCUCCUUCUUCCUCACGCUGCCGCUGCGCCUGGCGCCCAUCGUGCUCAUCGCCGCCGUCUCCUGCGGCGUCCACACGCUGGUGCUCGGCGUCACCGUCGCCCAGCAGCGCCAGGACGCCCUGGAUGAGGGGGCCUUGCUCCGACAGCUCCUGUCCAACGUGGCCAUCUACCUGUGCGCCAUCACGGUGGGCACCAUGUCCUACUACAUGGCCGACCGCAAGCACCGCAAAGCCUUCCUCGAAGCCCGGCAAUCCCUCGAGGUCAAGCUCAACCUGGAGGAGCAGAGCCAGCAGCAGGAGCGGCUGAUGCUCUCCAUCCUGCCCAAGCACGUGGCGGACGAGAUGCUGAAGGACAUGAAGAAGGACCCGAGCCAGAAGGAGAUGCAGCAGUUCAACACCAUGUACAUGUACCGCCACGAGAACGUCAGCAUCCUCUUCGCCGACAUCGUGGGCUUCACGCAGCUCUCCUCGUCCUGCAGCGCCCAGGAGCUGGUGAAGCUCCUCAACGAGCUCUUCGCCCGCUUCGACAAGCUGGCAGCCAAAUACCACCAGCUGCGCAUCAAGAUCCUGGGCGACUGCUACUACUGCAUCUGCGGGCUGCCCGACUACCGGGAGGACCACGCCGUCUGCUCCAUCAUGAUGGGGCUGGCCAUGGUGGAGGCCAUUUCCUACGUGCGGGAGAAGACCAAGACGGCGGUGGACAUGCGCGUGGGGGUGCACAGCGGGACGGUGCUGGGGGGCGUUUUGGGCCAGAAACGUUGGCAAUACGACGUCUGGUCCACCGACGUCACCGUGGCCAACAAGAUGGAAGCAGGAGGCAUCCCGGGGCGCGUGCACAUCUCGCAGAGCACCAUGGACUGCUUGAAGGGCGAGUUCGAGGUGGAGCCGGGCGAGGGGGGCUCUCGCUGCGAGUACCUGAAGGAGAAGGGCAUCGUCACCUACCUCAUCGUGGUGCCCAAGCAGCCCCUGCGCAACGGGAUCAACGGGGUGAAGCUGUCCCUCACCUCGUCCCACGGCGGCUCCCCGCUGCUCGUCAACACCAAGGAGCGCAACGGCAGCCUCAGCGUGGCCUGCGCCACCCCCGACGAGGCCGAGGAGCCCGACGCCAGGGCCAGGGGCACCUUGGAGAGCGGGGAGGAGGAUGGAGAGGCGGUGAACCCCUCCUUCCCCAACCCGCGGCGCCGGCUGCGGCUGCGGGACCUGGCCGAGCGGGUGAUCGACGCGUCGCAGAACGAGCAGGAGCUCAACAAGCUGCUCAACGAGGCCCUGCUGGAGCGAGAAUCCGUCCAGGCGUUGAAGGGGAAGAGCACUUUUCGGCUCUCCAUGCGCUUCAUCGACCCCGAGAUGGAGACGCGCUACUCGGUGGAGAAGGAGAAGCAAAGCGGGGCCGCCUUCAGCUGCUCCUGCGUCGUCCUCUUCUUCACCGCCUUGGUGGAGGUCUUCAUCGACCCCUGGUUGGUGGCCAACUACGUGACCUUCGUGGUGGGGGAGAUCCUGCUGCUCAUCCUCACCCUCUGCUCGCUGGCAGCCAUCUUCCCCCGGGUUUUCCCCAAAAAACUCGUCGCCUUCUCCACCUGGAUUGACAGGACCCGCUGGGCGCGCAACACCUGGGCCAUGGCUGCCAUCAUCAUCGUCACCACGGCCGACAUCGUGGACAUGCUCAGCUGCUGGCAGGACUCCGGAGGGCUGGGCAACGGCACGGCAGCGGUGCCGCCGCGGCGGCCGGGGGGCUGCGGGGAGCAACCCAAAUAUUACAGCUACAUCGCCCUGCUGGCCCUGGUGGCCACCAUCAUGCUGGUGCAGGUCAGCCACAUGGUCAAGCUGACCCUCAUGGUGCUGAUCACCGGGGCGGCCGGCACCGUCAACAUCUACGCCUGGGGGCACAUCUUCGACCACUACGACCGCCGCCGGGGCCAGCAAAGCGCCAGGUCGGCGCUGGUCCCCUCCAAAUAUUCGAUGACAGCCAUGAUUUUCAUCGUGAUGCUCAGCUUCUACUACUUCUCUCGCCACGUGGAGAAGUUGGCCAGGACCCUCUUCCUUUGGAAAAUCGACGUCCACGACCAGAAGGAGCGGGUCUACGAGAUGCGGCGCUGGAACGAGGCCCUGGUCACCAACAUGCUCCCCGAGCACGUGGCCCGGCACUUCCUGGGCUCCAAAAAACGCGACGAGGAGCUUUACAGCCAGUCCUACGACGAGAUCGGCGUCAUGUUCGCCUCCCUGCCCAACUUCGCCGACUUCUACACCGAGGAGAGCAUCAACAACGGGGGCAUCGAGUGCCUGCGCUUCCUCAACGAGAUCAUCUCCGACUUCGACGCGCUCCUGGACGAGCCCCAAUUCCGCUGCAUCACCAAAAUCAAAACCAUCGGCAGCACCUACAUGGCCGCUUCUGGAGUCACCCCCGACGCCAACGCCAACGGCUACGGCGCCAAGAAGGAGACCCUGUCGGAUAAGGAGCGCUGGCAGCACUUGGCCGAUCUGGCCGAUUUCGCCUUGGCCAUGAAGGUGACGUUGAUGAACAUCAACUACCAGUCCUUCAACAACUUCAUGCUCCGCAUAGGCAUGAACAAGGGCGCCGUGCUGGCGGGCGUCAUCGGUGCCCGGAAACCCCACUACGACAUCUGGGGCAACACGGUGAACGUGGCCAGCAGGAUGGAGUCCACGGGCGUGAUGGGGAACAUCCAGGUGGUGGAGGAGACCCACCUGAUCCUGAAGGAGUACGGCUUCCGCUUCGUGCGCCGCGGGGCCAUCUACGUCAAGGGCAAAGGGGAGCUGCUCACCUUCUUCCUCAAGGGCCGGGAGAAGCAAGGCUCCUUCGUCAACGGCUCGUCCGUCACCCUGCCCCAUCAGGUGGUGGACAGCUCCUGAGGGGCUUGGAGCCCGGCAGCCA